AGCGCGGCCCACGGCGUCGCGUCGCCUUCCGGGUCAGCGGUCGUUGGCGCUGCCCUCCCCGCCCCGCCAUGGAGGCCGGGCAGGGCCCCGGUGGCGGGGAGCUCGGCGACAGGGCCGAGAGGGAGGUACCUAAGCCUUAUGUGCCGACAGAGGAAGAAAGGAGACUCCUCAAGGAAUGUGCCGAAGAGAGUGCCCGGUAUAGAGCUUUUCCUUUGGCUGCAGUGAGCAUGCUUGCUACUAGUUUCUUAAUUAAGAAAGGUGUUCUAAGAGAUAGCUCAAGAUUUGGUUCCUUUACUAAAGUCGCAUUUGCUGGAAUGUGUGGCUACGUGGCUGGAAAGAUAUCCUACUUGCCAAUCUGUAGCGAGAAAUUUAAGAGACUGAAGGACUCUCCGAUAGGAGAUGUUCUACGACAAGCUCAGAGGCACAGUUCACAUAAUCGUUCCAGUCGGAAAUCUGAAUUUUCAGACAUGCCUUCUCAGUCAUUUACUGAAUCUUAUCCUCCAAGAGCUGGAUUCCCUCCUUCUUCUAGCUACUCAGAUGAUUAUAGUUCAACAGAUAGAGACCUCUCAAGUUAUGAACCUGUUCCAUUCAGUGCUUCCCUGAAUGAGUCUUCACCUACAGGAAUUACUGAUUACACUGUUCAAGAUCCUACUCCAGUCCCAGAAGAAAGUCGUAAAAAAAAAGGCAUCACAUAUGAGGAAUUGAGGAAUAAACACAGAGAGACGUAUGAGGUGAUGCGACCACCAAAGGCAGAAACUCCAAGCAGGUUUCCACAGGAAAAAACAGUGAAGGAAGUUAAAGUAAAUAAAUACGGAGAUACCUGGGAUGAGUAAGAGCCGAAUGAAGAAGUGAAGAAAAUGGUCUCCUGCGAGCUGACUUGAACUUCGUCUAGAUUAGUCAUGAAUGUCGGCACCUUUGGUGUGUUCUAUCAGGCACAGCUAUCAAUAAAGGUGAAAAUAAUGUCCUGCCAGGCUUAAUUGUUUUUAAAUUCUACAUAAAUGGCAAGUGAGGCCAUUGUGAGGUGUCAUGACUGUAAACUGUUUGUGCUAUUGUUUAAGAAUGAAGAGGGUAACUGGCAAUAACUUAUAUAAUUACAUACCAAAAAGGUAAAAAUGUGUGUAAAUAAUUGCAAUCGAGUGCAGUGGGAAGGGGAAAAUACCAGAAUCUUCUCAAAUUUUCAAAACUUGCAUUAAAGGCUAUCUGUAGAACUC